AUGCGCUCGCUGUUUUUCCUCGCACUGGCCGUAAUAACAUAUGGCGUGAAUGGCGCCAAACCGUCAAACAUGGGCCGCUAUAACCAAACACCUCUUCCAACAGACUGCAAAAAGCCCCCGGCUGUUUGUAACUGUAAUCUGACGGUAAAUCAAGAUUCUCAAGUCUCCGGUGCCAUGAAAACUUUAGAGGUGAAGCUGGAUAAACUUGUUGGACAAAAUUUGGAUAAAAAAGUGGAAAACCUCGAAAAGAAUUCGAAAAAACAGCUGGAAAAACUUAUUGGCCUUAUCAACAAAUCUGCCACUACAGGCGUUGUGACCACGACAUCGUCGAACGAGACCGAAAUCUGCGACAAUGCCCUCAAGAAGAUGGAAACGAAGCUAGAAAAACUCAUCGUUGACAAGCUGGAAACAAAGCUGGAUAAACUGCUCCAACAGAACUUGGAAACAAAGCGGCUGGAAAGGCUUACUACACUAAUAAACAAGACCGCCGAUCCAGACAUUGUUCGCCAAUUGUUGAACGGUACCUUCGACGCUGCUCUCAAGAAAAUGGAAACGAAGCUGGAAAAAAUCAGAGAACUGACCCACAAAGGUAAUUUGUCAGGUAGAGUGACCUAAGUAUUUCUAAAGAAAGUUUGGCAUAUAGGUGAAUUUUGUCUAACAAUCUAACUGGCGCUUUUUAUAUUUACAUGUUUUUAUUUUUUUGCAGCCAUUUUCUCUGCCUCCUCUUGCAAGGAACUGUUUGAUUUGCACAAGUAAGUAAUCAUUCCAGACAAGGCUUAUUUUGCUACAUGUUAAAAUUAGUGUGAUUCAAGUUUUCAUUUCAGCUUUUCAUUUAAAAGACAUUCGAGUAAGUAGUUUUAAUGCGAAAAAUUGAAACAUCGUAACAAAAAAUGGAGACGAACAAUGUAAAAUUUACAAAUAGAGACCAGAACAUGAUGAAAAAAAGAUUAAAUAAUCUAAAUCAUUACACAAUUAUUACAUCUAGUGAGAAAAAUCAAACUGUGCGUGCAACUAAAAAACAAAAGGCAAAAAAAAAGAAAAACACUUCAAUGGACGUUGUCAGAUUAUUAGAGUCGCACACUAAACGAACAGCCAAUCGAUUUUCGAUUCAAAUGUUGUUUGUUUUCGGUUUGCCUUUAUUCUACAAUUCGCCACGACUCGAUGCACUUGAAUGCCUUGUUUUCACGAUUUAUAAAGGUACUUUCAAUUACUUGACAGCAUUCGGGAGUAGAAAAACAACUUUAAGUCUGUUCGUUCCAUUUGAAUGACAGAAUUACAUUGUUUCACGUUUAUUCACAAAGAUCAAGAACUCAUAUAUUUGGCCAUCAACUGAUUUCUUCUCCAACAGGUUAAAGACAAGUCGUGUGUAUUCGCUGAAGUUUGGUUCACAAAAGAUCCCCGUUUACUGUCACAUGGGAGACUUUGGAUGCGGAGAUGGAGGAUGGACGCUGGCCAUGAAGAUUGACGGCACUAAGGUACAUGUCUUACGCGUCACCCUAUGUUUGUGAUAUGGAUAUUAAUUUUCUAAUUUCCGUUUUCAGAGAACUUUUCAUUACGAUUCUCACUUCUGGAGCGACAGAAACCCACACAACAUUGCAGGAGGAAAGACUGGGUUUGAUUCACAAGAGACCAAGUUGCCAACCUACUGGAACACACCCUUCUCCAAGAUCUGCCUCGGUAUGAAGAUCGGCCACAAGAUAAGAUUCAUUACCAUCUACAGGCACGCCAUUUCGCUGUACUCGCUGAUUGCUGACGGCCAAUACCGCGCCACCUCACUGGGUCGAAUCACGUGGAAGUCGCUGAUUGGUCCACAGGCAUCCUUACAAAAAUACUGUAACAAGGAAGGGUUCAACGCUAUCUGCAGCGAUAAACCACAUUCCAAGGCAAGAAUUGGUAUCACAAACAAUGAAGCGAACGAUUGUGUCUGGUGUGACUCCAGAAUCGGUUUUGGUACAGGAGGACUUCAUGACAACACAAACACGUGUGGAAAUGAGGCUACAUACUCACCAGACAACGGACACAGGCACAUCAAGACCAUGGGCUACAUCUUGGUUCAGUAGUAGUAACCCGGAACUUUCAAUGAACGUUAAAAUUUUUAGUCGGUUAGUAGUUUAACUCAAGUUUUCUCUCUGAAGGUGUCACUAAUAUCGGUUAGAUGGUCUUGGAAAGAUUGCCUUAUAUUCUAAAUAAAGUGGGGAACAAUUCAAUACAUGGUUGUUUUAAUUUUCGGUAAUUUGAUAUGAAUAAGAGAGACGUCUUUUAUGAUGCACUAAAUCGGAUCCUUAUAAUAACAGAUUCUGAGUAUUCUUUAAAAUAUUCCAGUUAUUUUCGCGUCGAAAUUACAUUUGCACAAUCCUCAUCAGCGAAAUCAAAUAAAUGGUGGAUAUUUCUGGUGACCUUUCGUAGAUGAAGAAGCAAAAAAGCAGAUGAAAAAAAUCUGUGAACGCGUUGGAAAGACACGGAACAACAAAAAAGCCAACCAUCAAUAGUUUUCUCAUCAGCAAGAAACACCAAAUAAGCGAGCCUUUGUUAUUUCCUCUCUUCCUUCCGCGUGUCGUCUUUCCUCGCGGGCGGUGAUUUUCGCGCACGCUCGCGCUCCUAGCCCUGAGAUACAGGACUACGUGUAAUCUAUCAGUAUAGCUAAGCUAGACUCAUGUACGAGUUGAGCCAAACCAGCUAACUUUCUGUGACUGCAAAGAUGCCUGAAAUCGAUUUUGCUGAACACUAAUACACAAAAUACUUCACUUCGUAAAUUUUUAGAUAAACUGAAGAAAAACGCGCACGUUUCUGGGUAGUUGAGCGAAUUCUCUUAGUUUACGUUCCAGCCUUCCUCUAAUUGGAGAUAAGUGAACAAGGACACGGAACACCUUGAUGAUGUCUUAAGAGAAUAACCCUGUACACGAGUUUGCGAACGUAACCUUACUGCCGCGAGAUUUUAGGCUUUGUAGCCAUCGACCACUUCCGGCGGACUCUGAAGCACCGUGAGCGUCACAAAUUUUGGCUCCCACACAUUUCCUUAUCCUGACUCACGUUACAGGCCCGCAAUUAGUUUAUAAAUUCAAUACUCAAAAAACGAGAAAGGAACUGGGCCGAGACUUCUGUGACUGUUACUUGGGACAGGGAAAAAAUUGACCAAUGGCUGACGGGCGCGUCCCUAGUAACGAUCCCAGAAACAAUUGCGGGACGCAUUUCGGGUCGAGGGGCCCGUUUCUCGAAAGUCCCGAUAAUUAACGGGCCCGUAAAGCUGUUGUUGUUUACAUGCAAGAUAGAAGUUUCAAUAGUUUUACAUCUAACAUGAUAAAACUACCAGUUACUGAAACAAAAUGGAGUAUUUUGCUAGCCAGGACCCGCGCUUUAAUUCUUUUUAUUUCGAUUUGAAUAUUUGAUUUCGGGCCCGAAAAGUUAUCGGGACUUUUGAGAAACGGGCUCCAGUUCCGGUUAAUCGUAAGGUGAGGUUCCACUUUAUAAAGAGCGGCCUUUAACUAGUCCCUUAUUUUCCUCGUGGAAAGUAGAGCGAUCAAGACACAUGUGUGCGAUAGAAAACUCAUCCCGAGAGGACUGAGGCGAAGCUUCUUUCGGUUUUUUUACGUAGACAGCGCGAGCUGUAAACAUAGUCUAGGUAAUAAGGCUAAAAUAAUAGGAAGCUUUAGCAGAGACGUUUUUGAGCGAGUCACGUCAACCAAAAGUGGAAGUUUUGCAUUCUAAGGACGUGGUUUUGCACAAAUUUUCGAGCAAAGCGAAUCUAUAAGAACAAAGGCACUUAGUAAUUAAAAAUUUGGUAGCAUCAAGGCAUAUUUUUUAAAAAGAAAAAGGCUCACUUGUGGCUGAAGUGCGUCGCUCAAAAACGUUGCUGCUUAAACUCCCUAAUUACUAAAGAGAAACAAAAAUAAUUGUCUUAAACAGUUGAAAAGGAGAAUAAACACGGGCAGGCAAUUGUCCAGUUGAAGAUGAAACUCCCAACAAUUAUCAGAAAAUAUUUUAGACCAAUAUUUACUAAGCCGAAAGGAAAUGUGUGCUUUUGAUCGAAAUCAGAGCUCAAAGAUCAACAGUAGACAGUUGACAUAUUAAAUUUUUCGGACAAAAUCUUACACCAAUCCCAAAAGCAGCCGGAUUUACAUUUACUGAUCUAAGACGUGAAUUCAACUCUGGAAUUCAGCAGUUAUAGAAUAUCUAUGGCGAGACGACGUUUUGAUGUUCCAGUCUCAUUUACAGUCUAUUUUUGUCAACAACGAAGUUGUAGAGAAAUGACAAUGGUAUAAAUUAUUCUGGUACUUUUUCGUUAGUAGUUUAAAUAUAUGAGUUCUCCUGACUUUCCCACAUAGCAAAGAUGUUGAAAACAUCUGAAUGCACGCUUCAAGAAGUAUUCUGGUUUCUCUCAAGGAGAGAAGUACAGUGAAGCGAGGGAAACACGCGUGUGUUCUAAAAAUCUGCCACGUGCGAGUAGCAUGACGAGCGUGGAGAAGCUGGGUGUGAGUCCCUCUGUUCUUCCCACUUCCCACAUUUUCCUUUUUCGCGUGUUAGUUUGACCGAGUAAAACACUCAAUUGGCAGUCUAAUCGAAAAAUUAUGCCGUGAUAGGUUUAGUAUUUUAACCGAUAUACUUAAAGCAAACUAAUUACAGUGAAAAGAGGAGUUACUUUAGACUGAGUGAUCGUUUAUGAUGAAUAUUUUAGCGCCAAAUUCGUCCGCAAAUAUUUACCUAAAUUCACUUUGCGCCGGUGAAUAACUGUAUUCAAGCAGGCCCCAGUUGUUCAAAAGGUGGAUAAUGCCAGCGGAUAAAUCUCUAUUCACUGGAUAGCUCAAUUUCUUUCCCUAAUACACUUGUACUUACCAGUUGGAUAGUGAUUUAUCCGGUGGAGAGCGCCUCCCAACGUUUGAACAACUGGGGCAAGCUGUCAGAGGUAACUCUAAAUUUCUUAAGUACGGUGACUUAGGAAGAGAAAUGUGUACACAGAAAGCAGACGAGUUUACGAAUAAUUAGUGAAUUAGUCACGAAGCUCCAGCAAGAUAAUUUUCUCGUUUCACUAACAAUACUGCGGUACUGAUAUGAUAUGAGAAGAAAUGAAAAACAAGUUGGUAACCAGCAACCAGUACCAUCGAAUCGUCACAGGCACUUAAAUCAAAGUAUUCAUUGAAGACGCUUAACGGGUUCAACAUGCGCUCGUUGGUUUUCCUCGCACUUUCUGUUAUAAUAUCAUAUGCCGCGAAUGGCGCCAAACCCUCAAAGUUAAGCCAUAACCAAUCACCUCUUCCAACAGACGGCAAAAAGCCUCCGGCUGUUUGUAACUGUAACCUGACAAAUCAAGAUUCUCAAGUCUCCCGUGCUGUGAAAAAUUUAGAAAUGAAGCUGGAUAAACUUCUUGCACAGAAAUUAAAAACAAAGCUGGAAAAAAUUAGUCUACUGAUCAACAAAACUGCCACUACAGAAUUUGAAACCACAUCGUUGAACGAGACCGAAACCUGCAACCACGCCUUAAAGAAGCUCGAGACCAAGGUGGAAAAACUGCUCGCACAGAAUUUGGAAAAAAAGCUGGAAACACUCACUGCGCUAAUAAACAAGACUACAACUCCUGGCACUGUGACCACAUCGCUGAACACGAGGUGCGACGACGCCCUCAAAAAGGUGGAAACGAAGCUGGGGACAAUCAGUGCAAUGAUCAACAAAGCUCUAUUGUCAGGUAAAACUGACCUUAGUAUUUCUAAAGAAAGUUUGGCAUAUCGGUGAAUUUUGUCUUAUAAUCUAACCGUCGUUUUAUAUAUACAUAUAUUUUGCAGUCGUUUCCUCUGCCUCCUCUUGCAAGGAACUGUACGACGUACACAAGUAGGUUCAUUUCAGUCAAGGCUUAUUUUGCUGUAUAUUAAAACUAGUCGGUGGUUAACGUUUUCAUCCCAGCUUUUCAUUAAAAGCCAUUCUAGUUAAUGGGAAAAAUCGAAAUAUCGUUACAAAAAUAGAGGCGUAUAGAGUUAACCAAGUAAAUUUACAGCUAGAUGGUAGAACAUGAUGGCAAAAAGAUUAAAUAAUCCAAAUCAUUACACAACUUGCAAUUUUCUUUUAUAUCCAGUGAGAAAAAUCGAACUGCGCGCGAAAUGACAAAAAACAAAAACAAAACAAACAGUUCAAUGGACAUAGUGAUUUUUGAAUGCCUUGGUACUUAAUUUCGCGGUUACUUGUCUUCGAGAUUUUGGCGAGACAGUAUUUCGCAGGGGUUUUAUUUUCGCGAUUUUAACAAGUGAAACAUGAAAAAAGCGCACUAAAUUUCGCGACUUAAGCGUCAGUCUCAACUUCAUUUUCUUUUUUUAAAAAGUCUGAACCUGUAAGAAAAUUACUGAGAUAAACUGGAACAGAAUCCUUUCACAACGGAAGAUACCAGGUGGAGCUUACCAGUAAAACCAGAAAGCAAUUGGUGUUUGUCGAUACAUAUCGUUGCUAUUACAUGUCAAUUGUUCUUUAAAUUUUUUAUAUGGGUAUUAAAAAUCGCGGUUUUUUUACGAUCGCAAAAAACGCGAAAUUAAGUACUAAUAGGGUAGUUACUUCAGAGAAUUAGGGAGUAGAAAACCGACAAGUUAGUCUGCUGUGAACACGCUCCAUUUGAAUGACAAGAUUACAAUGCUUGACGUUUAUUCACAAAGGCUUACGACACAUAUUUUUGGCUAUCAACUGAUUUCUUCUCCAACAGGGUAAAGACAAGUCGUGUGUAUCCGCUGAAGUUUGGUUCACAAGGGAUCCCCGUUUACUGUCACAUGGGAGACUUUGGAUGCGGAAAUGGAGGAUGGACACUGGCCAUGAAGAUUGACGGCACAAAGGUACAUGUCUUACAAGCACGUCAUUCCAUGUUUUCGAUAUGGAUCUUAAUUUUCUGAUUUCCGUUUUCAGAAAACUUUUCAUUACGAUUCUCACUUCUGGAGCGACAAAAAUCCAUACAACAUUGCAGGAGGAGGGACUGGGUUUGAUUCACAAGAGACCAAGUUGCCAACCUACUGGAACACAGCCUUCUCCAAGAUCUGCCUGGGUAUGAAGAUCGGCCACCAAUUACGGUUCGUUACUAUCAACAAGUACGCCACUUCGUUGUACUCUCUGAUCGCUGACGGGCGAUACCGCGCAACCUCACUCGGUCGUAACAAGUGGAAGACGCUGAUUGGUUCACAGGCCUCCUUACAGACCAACUGUAACAAGGAAGGGUUCAACGCUAUCUGUAGCCCUAAACGAAGUUCUAAAGCAAGAAUUGGUAUCACCAGUAAUGAAGACAACAAUUGUGUCUGGUGUGACUCCAGGAUCGGGUUUGGUACUGGCGGAAGCACCGAUAACAGCAAUACAUGUGGGAAUGAGGCUUCUUAUUCACCAGACAAUGGAGACAAGCACAUCAAGACUAUGGGUUACAUCUUGGUUCAGUAA